UAUAUAUAUAUAAUUGUAUUUAAUAGUAAUAUAAAAACAACCAGUACAGUUUGCAUUUUAAUGACAAGUGAAAAAUUAAUAUACAACCACAUCACAUUGUGGUGGUGUUUAUUGUGAGAGAUUAUUGGGGAGGAGUCAAAGGGGGUGUGCCAGCACCCCGACUGGACUAUAUUAAAACACACUCAUCACAUUUGAAGCACUCCUGGUUAACCGUACCAGUAAUAUUACAUUCAAAAAUGCUUCGAAGCAAUCCACCCGCAGGUCACCCAUCACUUUGGCUGUUGGUGGUGUUUUCACUUCAGAGCUCAGCACUCAGCAUGCGCAAUGCCUCUGAGUUUUACCCACGGACCUUCUCUGGCUACGCUAAGGACUACAUGGACCUGUCAAUGUUUGACGGCUUGGGCGAUGACACCGGUUCCGGCUCGGGUUCCCAGCCCGAACCCGUGAGACGACAUCGCGUCUCGCAUCAUCAUCCUCACAAGCACUACUUUGUCUCGGAGGAGGCCAAGCGGUUCCUACGUAGUUGCCUGGCCACCGCCUUCGUCCCGACGGUCUACACCUUCGUCUUCAUCAUCAGCGUGCCCCUCAACCUUGUUGCCACGGUGAUGUUUGUGCACCCUAUCCGUCCCAGAAAACCCGCCGUUAUCUACAUGCUGAACCUGGCAUGUGCCGAUCUGCUCUUUGGCCUGCUCCUCCCUUUCAAGAUAGCCUACCAUUACCAUGGCAACAACUGGACCUACGGCCCGUUCAUGUGCAGGGUCGUGACUGCAGCCUUCUACUGCAACAUGUACUGCUCGGUCCUGCUCAUGGCGUGCAUCAGCAUUGACCGCUUCCUCGCCGUGGUCUACCCCAUGAACUCACUGACAUGGCGCAGCCGUCAGACGGCAUGGGCCGUGUGCGCCAGCAUGUGGCUGCUGGCCCUCGCGGGAGUGGCGCCUCUCUUGGCCUCGGGUCAGACGGCAUACUUGCCCCACCUGGACAUCACGACCUGCCACGACGUGCAAGAUUCACAGAGACUGCAAUCCUACUAUCGAUACUUUUUUCCCAUCUAUUGCUCCGUUUUCUUCUUCGUCCCGCUCAUUUUCACGGUGGCUUGCUACGUGUGCAUCAUCCGGGCCUUGGCGGCUUCCAAUGUGGAGAACCGGUCCAAAAAGACACGGGCGGUGGUGAUGGCUGUGGUCGUGCUGGUCGUGUUUGUGGUCUGCUUCACCCCCGCUAACGUUAUCUUAAUGGUCCACUACGUCGGGGUCAAUCAUAAGUCCAAUGACACCUCCUAUCGGGCCUACCUUCUUGCGAUGUGCGCAGGGAGCCUCAGCUGCUGCCUGGACCCAGUCCUCUACUACUUUGGCUCAUCUCACUGCAGGAAACGGGUCGUGGCGCUGUUCAAAUGCUGGCUUCCUCAUCAGAUUCCUAGCAGCUCGCACACGCAGAGCACCAGAACCAGCGGGCGGAGCGACAGCAGCAAGCCGUGCAAAUUAGAGGUUGUUCAAGGUGGGUCUGGGGGCCAGUACUCUAAGUUGGACAUUUAAGUGCGCAACAUUUAGGUCUUCGUCUGUCAUUAGAAACUGUAAUUUGUCAUAAGAUCUGUCUUAUUGUACAGUUGGUGGAUUACGUGGAUUUGUUAUUGUGUAUCAGCUUUACAUGUACAGUAUAUCAAACCUUCAUUUUGUAUCAUAAACAUAGCUCCCCUUGAUCAGGCUUUGAUACGAGAUAAGAUCACACAUACACUUGUGUAAUGUAAUGUGAUUUGACAAGAGUGACAGUAUAAUGAAGUCUGCACAGACACACACACACACACACACACACACACACAUUUUAUAUAUAUAUAUAUAUAUAUAUAUAUAUAUAUAUAUAUAACACUGGUCAACAGCAAAUUUCCAUCAUAGAUGGCUUUAUGUAUCCCUAUACGUAUUGUUGACACUGAUUUCAAAAAUGUUUUUUUUUCCUGCCAUGUAAAAUAAAAUUAAAUUCAUAAUUAGGUUUAAAAAGGCGGAGUACAACAUCCAUCCAUUUUCUAUACUUUUUUUUGGCUGGGAGGAAUCACAUGGCAUUACUGCCCAAAAGUCAAGCAUCCAUUUUUAUUUACCAAACAUGUUUCUUUGGCCUAUAAAGAUGAAUUAAGGUUUAAUUAUUGAUAAGACUCUAAAGUUUGGGGCAAAUUCAUCUUUGAAGGUGUACCCAACGUCAUGAUGUUUUUUUGUUUUUCUUUCACUCAUGCUACACAUGAUCUUGGAGGCUUUAAUUAACAGAACUAUGAAUAGAGCAUACAUUCUGUCAGAGCAACUACUGUAUAAGUUUUCAAUGUUUCCUCUCAUCUUGAAGUGUCUCACUAUUUGGCCUGCUUGUCAUCAGGACACAGCUCUGGAGUAGGAAGACAGAUAAAGACAAAAGGAACGAAAGUCAACAUGAAUCAUCUCCAUCUUAUUAAAAAAAAAACACUCACGAGUGAUUCCAUCAUAUUUAUAGAAGUUCUCCGGGAAGUUCAGGCAGCUAAUUUGUUUCUUGAACACUUCGACAUCUUGGGGUUCAAUUGCUCCGCUCCGUGCUGGGAAGGUUAUUAAAUUGCAUUUUAAAAAGGCGCAUUGACCUGCUACGUGAGAGAGAAAGAGGAAUUGCUUACUGAACUGCAGGAUGAACCGUCCAGUGACAUCAUGGUUUCGGAAGCUGCCUGUCCACAGGAGGCAGUCGGAGCAUGUCCUCAGGAUGUAACCUUUGUGGUCGGCUAGGUUUUCUUUGGAAAAUGUGCACAUUCUGGUCAUGAUGCGAGAUUAUUUAUUGUACAUACAGUACGAUACGUAUGUUUCUGUCACAACAAAUAGAGUGUUAAGAUAUUUUGGGCUCAUAAAGGAUGCGCGAGCAUUGUGACCUAAUGAAAGAGGUGGAUUCCAAAAAAAAUUACAAAUACAAUACAAUACAAUACAACAAAUUACAAUAGAACAGUGGUUCUCAAACCACCUCAGUACUUAUUUACACAGUGCUUUA